UAUGCACAAUGAGCAACGCAGAAGCGAUUCCCGGAUGUUGUCCUCACAAAACACACGCUAACAUUUUGCAGUCUUAUUUCUUCUGCAAUGGACAAAAACAGUAAACCAAACUCACGAGAUUUGCUGUCAUGUGGUAGUGGUGGAGGUCUCGUUGAGAAGCUGCUCCUUAAACCACCGGCUGUCCUGAAGACGGAAAGACUUCCACGAAGUAGCGUGAUGGAACGGCUGCAGAGUUUCUUACCGCAGAUUGCGGAAGCCAAUCAAAAGCUGAAGCAGCAGAUUGAAGAAACUUCUGCAGGACAUUUCGACAUUGAGGAUGUCGAGGCUGCAGAGAGAGUUAUCGAGAUGGACGUCGCGUUGAUAGAGCUCAGUGGAUCUGAUAGCGAGUCGGAGGAGGACGAGGAGGAUUCUUCAGAGUCUGACGAGGAGGAAUCAGAGAUUGUUUUAACUGAGCGCAAUCUCAAAUUACCAGGACGCAAAGGCAAAGAGCACAUAAACAUCCAGGUUGUGGAUGAGCCGGAGAAAUAAUUAUUUCGUACAACUAAGAGAUUUAAGACUUUGUUGAAAAUUAGGUUUGAGUUAUUUAAAGGAAUCAAAAGCUCCUAUACUGUGGUGAAGAGCAUCCCCAUGGGAACAGUUCACACUCAUUCAAAUCGGAGUCAAGUCAUUUGCCUUAUACAUUGUUUACCCGAUUGGGAUUCUUGCGUUGUUUUUUUUAUGUACAUAAUCAGGAUUGAUGUUUUCUAUAACUUUCAUGUACAGGAAGACAUUAUGGAUAAGAAUGUAUGAGCUUUGUAAUAAAACUCGCCAUCACACUUAAGUUCCAAAAAAAAA